CAACUGGAUGAUAUAUUUGUAAAUGCCUACCUCGGGAUUCCAUUUGCCCAGCCACCUAUCGGUAAUCGAAGAUUUGCAUUGCCUGAAAUGGUUGAACCAUGGCAAGGUGAAUUGGAAGCCCAAAAACCUGCUCGAACAUGCUACAUUACUCCAGACAGUCAAUUCCCGCAAUUUCCUGGAGCCGAAAUGUGGAAUCCACCAAAUGUAUACGAUGAGGAUUGUUUGGCGUUGAAUAUGUGGGUACCGGAGAAACAUGACGGAAAUGUAAUGGUAUGGAUUUAUGGUGGUGGUUUCUAUUCCGGUUCACCAUCUUUGGAUCUUUAUGAUGGACGAGUACUCGCAAGUCGUCAAAAGAUAAUCGUUGUUAAUAUUAAUUACAGGCUAGGACCAUUUGGUUUCCUGUAUUUUGGUGACAGAUCAUCGAUACCCGGUAAUAUGGGUCUAAUGGAUCAGCAACUUGCUUUACGAUGGAUCUACGAAAAUAUUGCCUCAUUUGGUGGUGAUCCAAAUAAGAUAACAUUAUUUGGGGAAAGCGCAGGUGCAGCAUCAGUGACGGCACAUUUCUUUGCGCCCGGAAGCUUUCGUUAUUUUCGGAGAGCAGUGCUUAUGAGCGGUACAAUUGCGAAUUCAUGGGCCAUAAAAGAGAAAAAUAUGGCAUUACAAACGGCGAUGUUUUUGGCAGAUAAAUUAAAUUGCACUGCUGGGCACGGCAAAAUUUCGGAUGUCAAUUUGAUUGCAAAGUGUAUUCGGCAAGCACCUGCUGCAAGCAUACAGAAAGCAGCGGAUGCUGUUGGCGUGGAUCAGGCCCUACCGAUGACUUUCCCAUUUGUGCCUGUCGAAGAAGAUGAACAUUUUUUCAAGGGUAAUAUAUUUACGAAAUUGAAAAUGCGCGAUUUUACAAAGAAUAUAAGCGUAUUGAUUGGUUCGAUGAAAGAUGAAGGCACUUACUGGUUGCCUUAUUAUUUUCUCAAUCCUAAAAUGGGUUUCCAGUUCAAUCAUACCAUAUCUGCUGAUGAUCCUACCAAUCGAGCAUUAAUUAAUAGAGCACAAUACACUUGUUCAAUCCAAUCGUUUAUACCAUAUUUUGAUGAUUCUCAAUUAGUGAAGCAUGCACUGUUGCAUGCAUAUGAAGAGGUCAGUUUAAUUGAUUUAAUUUUUAUUGAAUUAAUGACUGAUUUGCGUAUGCGCAAGGUGUCGGAAAGCAAGGAUCCACAAGAAAGACUGCGUGAUGGCGUUGCACGCUUUAUUGGAGAUUUCUUUUUUACGUGCAGCUUAAUUGAAUUUGCUGAUAUUCUAGCAGAUAAUAUUUAUGGUUCCGUAUAUAUGUAUUAUUUUACAGAGAGAUCUUCAGCGAAUCCAUGGCCAAAAUGGAUGGGAGUAAUGCAUGGUUACGAAAUUGAAUAUGUGUUUGGACAGCCAUUCAGGCAUAGCCAUCUAUAUGCACAAUCACAGGUCGAUUCUGAGAAACGUUUCUCGGAAGCAAUCAUGAAGUACUGGGCUACUUUUGCUAUUGAAGGCGCCCCCAGACCAAAAUGGCCAAAGUAUAACAAAGUGACGCGUAAAGCAUUCGUACUUAAUGAUGAAAUAACAAGUAGCAGUCAUAAGAUUAUUGUUGACGUACAUGGGAAAUCUUGCAAUUUGCUCUCCGAAGCCCAAGCUGUUGUAAAUCAUAGUAAGAUUUUAUCAUAA